CGUCGAGUUUCUUCCGCAUCUCCGCUCUGUCAUUCUCCAACCUACGCUCCAUUCGUCUCGUCCGAAUGAGCAACUAGGCAAGCUGGCGAUUGUUGCAUGCUUUGAGAGACUUGCGAUCUUCAUGCAUCUACUAGGUCUUGUCUCAUUUUGCCUUCUCCUCACUGCCCACGGAACACGCUCCAAAAACUGUUUCCGAAGACCGCCUGGUCCUGGUCCCUCAAGUGACUUCCGAGACAACCCCAUGUAAACCGUUGGGAACCCAACUUGGUUCUACACUUGGAAACGGACUUUACGGCAGUCGAAUUACUCCUUUUGCAUGAAGCGACGUAUCCGACAAGUGAAGCAACGCAUGCUUCAAUUAUCUAUAGAUCAACCCCAUCGCGAGGGAUUCUUUGGAUGAGAACUCAACAACGCAGCAAACACGCGAGCGCUGGGCAUGCUCUGGACGGUCAGCUUUAAAGGCUUUCCUUCGCACCAAGAUCCGACUUUGAGCCCAGUGUACUUUAUUCAGAUGUUCAACCACAAUCCCUCUGUGGGAGACAUUACUUGCCAUUACUUCAACAAUACUAACUCCGUAGCAUCCACCUCGACGACAACAUCCACAUCCCCUACUUCGACAGCGUCAACUUUGACGGAAGUUUUUACACUGGUUGAAGCAUCCCAAACCGCGUCACCUAGUUCCAGCGGAAUGAGUAACGGCGCAUCUACCGGUGUAGUCGCUGGCAUUGCAGUGGGCGCCGUUGUGGGAACACUGGCCACCAUAGGCCUAGUGGGCUGGGCUAUCUGGAGGCACUUGCGGAAGAAGGAGAAGGAGCAGGGUCAUAGGAGCAGGGUUACCGGGGCAAGCGACGUGGGGAAUUUUUCUGCUGUUCAAGGAAUCGGGCCCUCUCCUCCUGUUCGUUGGAAGCACGAGCUUUCUAUGGACGCUCAGCAACCUCAUUAUGAAGCUGAUGGGACAGAAGGUGUGAGGUAUGAAAUGGCCAGCCAAUCAGUCACGACAAAUAACGAGAACAAAGGUUUGAGGGUGAAAAGCGACGGAAUGUCGAGGUAGCCGUGAGCACCAUAUGUAUGAGUCGGAGGUAUAUUGGUUACGUGAAAGCUAUCGAGAGAAAAGCUCAACAUCAAAUAGAUGAGGUACUCCGUGACCACAAGAUAAAACAAUACUGGCCUUGAUAUCAGGCUCAGGAAUGCCGUCAGUCUGUGGUAUUUGGAGAAUCACCCUUCCUAGGGAUAUUGGAA